GUGUGAGAUAGUCCCGUAGAACAGGUUGGACCAGCCUUGGCUGGGUGGAGGCAUAGCUAGAAUGGAAUGGAACAUUACAACCAAGCUGGCGAUGUGAAGACAUCUUUAACAACGAGACUGCUGCCCCGAAUUCUUAUCCAUCGACUGUAACGACGACGUCAGACUCCGAGUCGAGAGGACGAGAGAGCAGACAGCGCCAGUCAGGCAUGGUCUAAGCACAUAGAAACGGCGCCAUGACUACAACAAAGCAAGCCGUGCCGGAGUUUGUCGCCGGACAUUUCAACCUGGACUGGAGUCUGGACAGGGACAGCGACCACGUGCGCCGCCCCAGGGGCAGGUACGAGCUCAAGUGUCUGUAUGAGGAUCUCCGGCAAGACGCAGAGACUGAAACGGGAACAGUGAAGCUUGCCGUCCUGAACGUGAUGGGAGUCCUCGCCUACCAUCUUGAGGACACGCAGUCCGCCAAGCUAUACUUCGAGACGGUGCUAGAGGAGGACUCCGCGAACGUGAACGCGCUGAAGAACAGCUGCUAUCUCCUCAGGAAGACAGACAGGUACGAGGAGGCAGAGACGUUCGAGGACAGCGCCAGAGCGGCGAUAGGACAAACUGACGCCGAGACUGAUCAUGAAACGGUGUCGCUGGUCGAGGCGAGAGCAAUGGCCGAACUCGGCUACGCAUGCGCGCUGGACGUUUUCCACGCUAGAACCCAAGAUGAUCUCAUCCAGGUGUUCGAGAGAUCGAACGGCUACUACAACCGGGCCCUUCGGAUGGGGAAAGAAAACGUGACGUCAUCAGAGCAGAGCCAAUGGCUGUUCGCCAUCGCCCUGAACUACAUCCGGAUCGACUCCCUGCGACAGGAGGCCAACCUUGACCUUUGUUACCAGGCGCUGGACCUUCUCAAAGACGUGGUGAGAAACACGAAGUCUCAGUACUACAAGUGUAAGGCGCUCUGCUAUACGGGACUCCUCUUGCAGAGUAGGUCUGCCCUGAACAAGGGGUUUUCGGAAGACUGUAUCCGCGACAGCGGGUACUUUGAACAAGACCCUCUGGACUACUUCGGCGAGGCCAUACAGCAAGCCGGAGAGGACACCGCUAUUCUCAACAAACUCGCCAAAAUAUUUGUCCAAUCGGGGAGGUACCAGAUCGCCCUGGAUAUCCUCAACGUCUCUCGUGCCAUCGUGCCUGAGCAUGCGCAGAACUUCUUCGCCUUCAGUAUCAGCGCUCAGGCCAAUAAGAACAUGUACCUGGACCAGUUGGCAAAGUACCGACAGGGGACACUAGAGGGCCGCCCUGACAAGAAACUCCUCACCAAAGCCAAGGAAGACAUGCAAGCGAUCCUGGGCACCCGCACGGGGGUGCACGCGUACCUGGAACUGGCGGUGGUGUGCUACCAUCUCGGGGUGGAGACCAUGGACGAGUCGUCGGUGGUAGCGGAGUUCGAGCUGGCGCAGGCGGUGGAGUACGUGGCGCGCGCCCGGGACUGCGACAUGGGAAACUCGCUGCCGGAGGUCCAGCUCAUGAGGGGCAAGUGCCACAGGGCGAGAGGGGACGACUGGAAGGCGAUGGGCGCCUUCAAGCAGGCGGUGGGGAUGGAGCAUCUCAACGAGGGGGCUCCGCUCACUGAAUCCUUCAAGCUCCUGGGAGAAAUCAUCCUCACGCUGCACAGGCGUGACAAAACUUGGCGGGAAGACGCCAUUGUGGAAAUGGAACGCUGGGUAACGGAGGGCCGGAAGCGCUACGUCGACUUCCUCCCAGAGUUCCACACGUUUUGCAGGCAGAACUCAAGUGACGUCAUAGAGCUGGGAAAGGACAUGGUCAAGGCGGGAAAACUGGGGAUGGUCAGGCUCUGCCUAGAGGCCGUGUCCUCAGCAUAGGUUAAACAGGGUAAAACAUGCAAGGAGAAAUGCAAACACAUUUGUCAAGAGGAGUCCACAAUAUCCUGGGACAAUAUUACCGACGAUGCACUUUAAAAAGUCUCAGAAAAAAACCGUAAAAGCAUUUUUUUGAAUCUCUUAAUCCAGGCACAGCACAAAAUCAGCCAACUAAAUAUUAGAAGGAGAAAGUGAUUAAGAACUAAAAUCAUUUUUUCCAUUUUCCCGUUUCCAAAAUCGACUGGAAAAACGACCAACAAAGAGAGCACAAUGGAAAGCGUAUUCCAAACUUGUCAAGCCACCAAACUUAUUAUCAGAACAGUACAUGGAUACGAGAUUUAGGACACACAAUUAACGUUAGGUAAUGUGGAAAGAAUACUAGUACAUUUGCACUAUGCAAGUUGGUCUGAAGCAAUAAUGAUAGAAUGAAAAUACAGACUGAGAGUAUUUUACAUACACAAGCAAUGUGCAAAGAAAGCUGAUGUAGAACAAAAUUUUCACCGCAAUAAUCUAUUUCAAAGUGGAAAUUAACAAACAGAGAAUAUAUUUGACCAGACAUUUCAAUAGAGUUCUAUCUUAUUUAGAGCAAGAAGGAUUGCAAUUUAGUUAGAUACUACCUUUGAAACCGCAAGUCAGACUUAAACGCAGAUAGUAGACUCAGGAUUUGUAGACAUUUUUCGUAAUGCAUGCUGGAGAGGCUGUAUGCACAAGUUUUUUUUCUUUUAAUUUGUUUUGCAUAUUUUCAUAAGUAUGAUGUUUUAGUAGAUCUACUGUAUUGAUAUUUCGAAUUCUUAUGGCCAAAGCAUUAUUCAAGACAAGGUUUUAGCCUCCUUGUUCUAAAGAAUUCUCAAAGUGUGUUGAGCAGUAGUGCAAAGUCACUGCUAACAUUGAAAUGGAUAAACUGUCCUUCAAAUAGCUAUUGAUAGCUCUAUAUGAGAUAUAUGUAUGUACAAACACUGCUUUAUCAGAACGAAGCCACAAAAAUGUAAUAGAAGAGACUAUAUUUGGCUCACAAAUGCUGUUAAACAAUAAAGUAAUAGCUAUACUU